AUGAUUAACGACGAAAUCAGCGCGCCCGAGUCGCAAUUCCAGGACCUCAAUGAGGUCGUCGACAGAAAUGACGACACUGGUGUUAUGCAGGUGGAGAGUCUGUGUAUGAACUGCCAUGACAAUGGUGUGACCAGACUUUUGCUAUUGCGCGUGCCUUACUUCCGUGAUAUUAUCCUUGAGUCAUUUGAGUGUGAGCACUGUCAUUUCAAAGACAACUCUGUCAAGUCUGCUGGUCAGAUCCAGGAACAGGGCUGCAAGUACACCCUCAACGUCGAGAACGAGGAUGACCUCCAGCGCCAGGUCAUUCGCAGUGAUGUCUCCAUCUUCAAGGUCGAAUCGCUCGGUAUCGAGAUGCCCAAGGGAGAAAGCCAGUUGACCAACGUCGAGGGUGUUAUUCAGCGCAUUCACGAAUCGCUGAGUGGUGAGCAGGAUCUGCGCAAGGACCAGGCACCAGAACUCUACGCCGCCCUCGAGCCCAUCAUCGAAAAGCUGAAGGACAUUUUGGAGCGCAAAGGCUUCCCGUUUACCGUCUCUUUGGAUGAUCUCACUGGUAACUCUUGGAUCGCGCCCAAUACCACCGAUCGUGGCACCAAAUACCGUCGCCAGGAAUACCCCCGCACCCAUGAGCAGAACGAGGAGCUCGGAAUUUCCUCGGACCCCAACCCCGCCGCAGAGGAGGAGACCAAGGGCCCCAAUGAUAUGGGUAACCCUGAAGACCUGGAUAUUGUUGAUGGCGAGGUCUAUGAUCUUCCCACCGAAUGCCCUGGAUGCACCAGCCCAGGUGCAUCCACCCGCAUUAAGCGCGUCAACAUCCCCCACUUCAAGGAGGUCUACGUCUUUGGAACUAGCUGCCCUAGUUGUGGCUACAAGAGUUCCGAUGUGCGUACCGGUGGUGAAGUCCCCGCACUGGGCAAGCGGAUUACUUUGCGCAUUGAGAAUGAGGUCGAUCUUUCCCGUGAUAUUCUGAAGUCCAACACAUGUGCCUUGAAGAGCGAGGAUCUCGAAAUCGAGGUCCAGCCUGGCACACUUGGUGGACGUUUCACUAGUGUUGAGGGUCUUUUGACCGAAAUUAAGGACCAGCUUUUCGGUCACAUCUUUGAUGCUGAGGGCGCCUCCGGUGGUGACAGCAUGGAGAACACAGAAAAGGGCAAGUGGGAACGUUUCUUCGCCAACCUGGACGCAGCUAUUGCCGGAGAGAAGAAGUUCAGCAUCACUCUUGAGGAUCCUAUGGCCAACAGUUAUGUCCAAGAUUUGUGCUCCCCUGCUGUGGACCCGCAGAUCACUAUUGAGGAGUAUGAGCGGACUGCUGAGGAAGAGGAUGACCUUGGUCUCACUCACAUGAAGACCGAGGGCUACGAGGAGGAUGAGGAAAAGAAGGAUGAGGAAAAGAAGGAUGAGGACAAGCCCGAGGAUCAAGAGAAGGCAACCGCUGCCAUGGAUAACUUGCUUGAGGCUUCCAUGGGCAACUGA